AUUAAUCUCUACGCUCCUCUCUCUGCAAUUACUCAUUGAGAGCAUCUCUCUCUAGAAUAUUGAGUAUUGCUGACUUGAGCGUCGGAGUGUUUUUCUCGAGGAAACAACCUCGAGAUUUUCAGGUGUAGGAGCAGCUAAGGAUUUCAACGGUGUUGGACUACGAAGCUGCCCAAACAUUUGGCGCCGUUUGUGGGAACCUGAACAAGAAGUUGUGUAGCUUAACCUGCUGAAAGACAAAAUGGUUCGUACUUUUACAGGAGGUCGCCCUCCAAGAAAUGAGAUGGACGAACAGGAGGACGCCCAAGUAUCUGAGCUCGGAUUGAAUGACUUUAGGCCAAUGCCAAGAAACCUUUUCGUCGGGGGAGCCAAACAGGAUCACCUAAGUGAAACAGAUGAUGAAAGAACACCAACUGGGUAUGCAACCCAGCCUAAACAACUCCGAGUUUCAACAGGAACAAGACAAAGACCUUCUAGACCAUACAAUUCACAACAUGAACGACCUGAAAGGUCAACAGAACCUGCUCGGACAACCGAGCUCGAAGAGAGAACUAGAGUUCUCGAAAUGGCAAUGGCUGCGGUUGUUGCAACUCGAAACUCCCUUGCUUUAAGCAACAUCGUAGUGCCGACCAGGCCAAGGGGAAGUGGAAAACUAAAUAAUGAACCCAGCUCGUCCAAGCAUAGUGAAGAAUUGAUGAGAAAGAACGCAGACCUUGAAAGGGAUUCAAAAUUCCCCACCUGGAGACAUGAUGGCUCGGGCGACCCGGAUGAACAUCUACACACCUAUCAAGCCAUCAUGAGGAUCCAAAAUGCCAAUGAUGCCAUGAUGUGCAAAGUGUUCCCAGUGACACUGAAAUCAACAGUCAGAAGAUGGUAUCACAAGCUCCCCAGACAUUCCAUAGACUUAUACUCUCAGCUUGCCAAGCUAUUCUCCAACAAAUUCGCGAGUCAGAGAGAGAUCAAAUGCACAGCAACCGAGCUGAUGCAAGUUAAUCAAAAGGAAGGGGAAUCUCUGAGAGACUACAUGCAGCGAUUCAACAAAGCCACUCUGGACAUUGACAACGUCCCAGACACUAUCUGCUUGUCUGCAUUGUUGCAUGGCUUGAGGCGUGGUCGGUUUCUAGACGACCUGUUAGAGAACCCACCCAGGACUUGGAAUGAAGUGAAUGAUAGGUCGGCUAGCUUCAUAUUAUCAGAAGACUUCCAGUCGUCCAAGCGACGAGCUGACGAUAAGCAAAGCAAAAGCCAGGAACAACCACUAAGAAGGGAAGAAAAGAAGAAACAGAAGGUCGGCGAGCAGUGGGGGAAGCCCACUGACUUCCCAAAGUAUGCCAACUACAUUCCUUUAACCCUGUCGAGGUCUCAAAUCCUUGCGCAAAUCCAGCAUUGGGUUAGGAGACCCCCGCCUCCAUUGCAUGAUUCACCAAGAGCAGAUAAAAGCAAACAUUGUGACUACCAUCGUGUAUGGCCACAAUACAGAAGACUGCCAACACUUGAAGGACGAGCUGGAGGUUACGACCAACCUCAAGGGCAGAGGUACCAGCUCGACGGGGCACAGAAUGUAUAUCAGGAUAGCCAGUAUCCUUCUGACCAGGGGAGGGCAUACAGAGGGUGUCCGUUCAACAGGAGAGGACAGGGGCAGAGAGCUGCUGCCCAGAACCAAAAAGAUAAGAAAGGGGUAGGCUACGCUGGGAUACCCCCGCCCUCGGAAUGGAAGAAUACGCCUAUCACAUUCAGCCCGGCGGAUUAUAAGCGAGCAGAAAGAGAGCUUGAUAUUAUGAUGCCCCAUGCAGAUCCCUUUGUGGUAACGGUUCAUAUAGGCAAUCAUAAUGUCCACAAGGUGUUUAUUGACACUGGCAGUUCACCAGAUAUCCUGUACUGGAGUUGCUUCCAGAAGAUGCAGCUAAAUCCGAACUCGCUGCAGAAGCACGAAGGGCCAAUAUACGGGUUUGAUAAGCAACCCGUCUCGGUCGAGGGAGUUAUCACUCUUCCUAUAUAUGUGGGCUCAGAACCACGCUUCAGGAUGGCUUCCGUCACCUUCCUGGUCGUUAAGAUGGAAUCAGCUUUCAAUGCUAUAUUAGGAAGAGCCACCCUGUGCGAGCUGAAGGCUGUCAUCUCACAACCCCAUCUCUGCAUGAAAUUUCCAACUCCUCAGGGGGUAGGAGUGCUUAAAGGAAAUCAAAAGAUGGCAAGAGCCUGCUAUCAAGAUACUUUCAAAAAAGUUGAGCUCGCUGCUGCCCCUUCAGGCUCUGAAAAUCGCAGACCAACCCAGCUCGGUCAGCAGAUGAUGAGCAUAUCAGAUAUAGAGCACCGACCUGAUGGUGUCGAGCAGAAAGCAGAGCCAGUAGAGCCAGAUGUGUUUGCAUGGACUACGGAUGAAAUGCCUGGCAUCCCACCGGAGUUGACAGUCCACAAGCUCAGCACGGACCCCACUAGAAGGCCGGUGGUGCAAAAACGCUGCCUUUUUGGCCCCGAGAAGCAAACUGCCAUAGAUGAAGAAAUACAAAAGCUGUUACAGGCAGGCUUCAUCAGGAGAGUGGAAUACUCUAAAUGGGUGUCCAACCCUGUGCUCGUCAAAAAGCCAAACAGUAAAUGGAGGAUGUGUAUUGAUUUCACCAACCUUAAUGAUGCAUGUCCAAAAGACCCUCAUCCGUUGCCAAAUGUCGAGAAGUUGGUAGAACGGGCAGCUGGGCAUGAACGGAUGAGUUUUCUUGAUGCCAACUCGGGUUACCAUCAGAUCGGCAGAAACAUAAAAGUGUAUGUAGAUGACAUGAUAGUCACCAACGUGCGAGCUGGCGAUCACAUUGACGACAUGGACGAAACUUUUCAAAACUUGCGCCGAGCCCAAAUGAAGCUGAAUCCCUUGAAAUGCACGUUUGCAGUGGAAUCAGGGAAAUUCCUAGGGUACGUGGUAUCCAAGAAAGGAAUCGAAAUAAAUCCAGAGAAAGUCCAGGCCGUUCAGCAGAUGGAGCCUCCCAAGACUAUAAAAGAUGUACAGCAUCUGACAGGUCGGGUAGCUGCGCUGCAUCGGUUUAUAGCUAGAUUGGCAGAAAGGUGCCUUACGUUCUUCAAAGCUCUGCAGGAGCCUAAAAACUUUCAGUGGACUGAUGAAUGUCAACAGGCAUUUGACGAGCUCAAACAAUAUCUGGCAUCAGCACCCUUGCUGUCCAAACUUGUCGAUGGGGAAUGUUUAUAUCUUUAUCUGGGAGUCACAGAAGAAGCGGUGAGUUCAGUGCUACUGAGGGAAGAGAAUAAGAAUCAGAAGCCUAUCUGCUACGUGAGCAAGGUGUUACAAGGUGCCGAGCAGAACUACUCGCUUGCAGAAAAGGCUGCUUUUGCUUUAAAACAUGAGCUCUCUGGUCGGCUUAUUGGAUGGAGCGUCGAGCUGAGUGAAUAUGACCUGAAAUUUCGGCCGCGCACAACCAUAAAAGGCCAGGCCGUUGCGGACUUCCUGGUGGAGUGCAUCUCAACAACUAAGGAAGAAAAAGCACCCGAACACCCAGUGUGGGUUUUGUACGUAGAUGGAACUGCUAGUGUUGAAGGAUUGGGGGCCGGGGCUGUGUUAGUGGGCCCAGAUGGCUUUAAGUUCGAGCAUGUGCUGAGGUUCAAGUUUCAGACAACUAACAACGCUGUCAAGUAUGAGGCCCUUAUUUAUGGUUUGAAGCUGGCAGCCGAGCUGAAGGUACAGAACAUCCAAGUCUUCAGCGACUCUCAGCUCGUCGUAGGUCAGGUGAAAGGCAGUUGUGAAACCAGGGAUCCACAGCUUGGUCGCUAUGCCUCCGUGGUAAACAAAUUAAAGUCAAGAUUUGCUUCUUUUCAGAUCGACAAAAUACCCAGAGCAGAUAACCAACGAGCAGACGAGCUGUCAAAGUUAGCCUCCUCACAAGAAACCAACCCUCAUCGGUCAACAACAGUGGAGGUACUCGAUGCUCCGAGUUAUACCUAUUUCACAAUCGAGUGUCAGCUGCUUAGCACGGAUCCCUCUUUGCUGAGCUGGACUACCCCACUCAUAACCUCAAUGCCCCUACUACGCUGCCUAACUCCUUACGAAACUGAAUACGCUGUGAGGGAAGUUCAUGAAGGAGUAUGUGGGACGCACAUCGGUGGCAAAACAUUAGCUCGGAAACUCCUGAGGCAUGGUUAUUACUGGCCCACUAUGGUUGAGGACGCGCAGAACUAUGUCAAAAAAUAUCCGACCUGCCAGUUCAAUGCUGAUGAUAUACACAUGCCAGGGAAAAUGCUAUCAUCUCUCACGUCUCCCUGGCCCUUUGCUCAAUGGGGUGUCGACCUGCUCGGCCCUUUCAUCAAAGGCAAAGGGGGCUGCACUUUCCUGGUCGUUGCAGUGGAUUACUUCACUAAGUGGAUAGAAGCUAAACCAUUGUCCACGACAACAGAAAGGAAAAUAGAAGAUUUCUUGUUCAAUUCAAUAUUGUGCAAGUUCGGCAUACCUAAACGGAUCAUCGCCGACAAUGGGCCACAGUUCCGAGCAGCAGCACUAAGAUCGUUUUGUAACGACUAUGGCAUCAAGCUCGCCUUGACAUCCGUGUAUACUCCACAAUCUAACGGACAAGCCGAGUCGGCCAACAAAAUCGUCUUGCGAGGCCUCAAGGCACGUGUUUUAGCUGCAUAUUCAAAUUGGGUUGACGAGCUCAAUAAAGUGCUCUGGUCUUGUCGUACUACACCCAGCUCGGCCACGGGCGAAACCCCUUUCAGCCUGGCCUAUGGAGCUGAGGCUGUCAUCCCAGUUGAGGUUGGAUUGCCAUCUGAUCGAGCGGGCUGGAGUGACGACCUCAACAAUGAGCAACUGUUGAGAGAAAACCUAGACUUCGUGGAAGAGGUCAGGAAGAUGUCUAGAAUAAGAAACAUGGCGCAUCAAAGUAGUGUUGCAAAAUUUUACAACAAAAGAGUUCGAGCUCGCUAGUUUCAAGUCGGCGAUCUGGUCCUGUGUAAAGCUGGGUUAACUAACACUUAUUCACACAUGGGCAAGCUCGCUCUUAAUUGGGAAGGCCCUUAUAUGGUUAUUCAAGUUAAACGACCUGGCUCCUAUGUAUUAGCAGAUAUACAGGGACGUCAAUUGCCUUACAUUUGGAACAUACAGAAUCUUAGAAAAUUUUACAGUUAACCUGUAUACUAUUCUUUUAUUCAAGUUGUUAUUCGACAAUUGUAAACAAUGAUAUAUCGAAAAUACAGCAAAAAUUCAAAG